AUGACUACUGGGGUCGACAGGGACGGCCUCCUACAUGUUAACCGGCCCUGGACCUUUGCCUGCACCGCAAUGGUGAGCGCGGAUGAAGUGGAUGAUGUGGGCUUCUUCUUGAACUUUCGGAGCCUGACGCCGCCGAGGAAUCUCGCCCGGUACGCCAACAAUGGCGAGGGGCCUUCCUUCGACGCGUCGAGCCGUGCGCUUGCGCCGCCAGUCGUCGACAACAACAUCGAGGAGGAGGAGGCGGCGGCGCCGGCACGCACUGUCCUACAGUCGGCGGAUUACGUCCUCAACGACGAGGAGGAGGCGACGGCGAUCCAACAGGUCGCAGUCAUCUCGAAGCCCGAGGCGCGCGCGUGCUUCCGUCGCGAGGAGGUGGAAGCCAUCCGUGUCGUGCGCGCGUACGAGGUGGCGCAGAAGGAGGCGGCCGUCCGCUGCGUGAAGCAGGAGGUCACCGACCUCGAAGUUUAUAUGCUUUUCACAUUGAAGUGGUUGAUUCUCAAAAUUGUUUGUUGUUAUGGAAGUAAUGGAUCAGGAGCCGAGGAACCUGUUCAUAUUCUUGCAUACUACGCUAGUUGGGGGCCUGCUAAAUCUCAGGAGCUGGAGAAGGUUCUAUCUAGCAUCAGGGAGGGCCGCUAUACUCGUGCGAAGGAGAUGUUAUUCAAACUUAGGAAACUCGAUAUGCCGCUGAAGUUUGAAGACGUGUGUAAUAUAGCAGGGAAUGGAGUGGCUCCAGGCCGAGUGCACGUGGCACGUGCCAUGAUUAAAGCUGGAUAUGUUGAUAAUCUUAGGCAAGCUUUUAGCAGAUACCUGUAUGAUGGAGGGCCUGCUUAUGCUACUGGUAGUGAGCCAGCUGGGGAAACUGUUGUGCAACUAAUUUGUAGAACUGGGGGUAUAGCAGUUUUGGCUCACCCAUGGGCAUUGAAAAAUCCUGUUCCUGCUAUAAAGGAUUUGAAAGCGGCUGGUCUGCACGGUAUUGAGGCCUAUCGAAGCGAUGGGAAACUAUCUGGAUUGAGCGAUCUGGCAGAUACUUAUGAGCUUUUGAAGCUCGGUGGUUCAGAUUACCAUGGACGAGAUGACAAGGAAGAACCUGAUAUAGGAAGUGUCGAUCUUCCGGUCUUGGCAUUUUUUAAGUUUCUUGAGGUAGCUCAACCAAUCUGGCGUAAUGCUAUGAUGGAAAAUUUUGCCAACACUAUCGAAAGGAUACCUGACUUGAAUGGCUCAAAAGGAUGUCGACGUACUAGCUCUGGAAACGAUUUUUGUAGUAUGUGCCUUUCUUCUCCAGAAUUGGAAGAAACAGACGAUUCUGAGGUUGAGAUCCUCCAAAUGGUUUUUUCAGACAUUAUCCUCAGUAACAGAAGCUGCAAGACGCAUAUUGAGCAGCGGGCAGAAAUCACCUCCCGUCUCCAUUGACAUAGGCUGGUUCGUGCAGUUUUAGACAUUGACUGCGAGUACAUGAUAUUAGCUGGAGUUCAAUUUAUUCAUAUUCUGGAAAAUUCCAAAUUUUCCAGAGGGCGUGUGGUGAUGUUUUAUAUGAUCGAUUGACUUGAUUGCAGAAGUAACAUGGUAAGAGAUCUGUAAACUAACCAUCAAACU